UAACUGGCAUCUAUUUCGUAUCAUUUCGUAUGCCCAGUGCCAACAGCGUGAAUCCUGUCUUCUUUAAUUUCUAUUACAAAUUAUUAACUCCAGCGAGUGGGAGUAAAUAACCUGUUGAAAAUGCCUGUGCCAGGGAAGAUGUACGUAAUAAAACGAGAUGGGCGCAAGGAAAAUAUUCAUUUUGACAAGAUAACGUCGAGAAUACAAAAAUUAUGCUAUGGUUUGAAUAUGGACUUUGUCGAUCCGCCUGCAAUUACCUUCCGGGUCAUCAGUGGCCUUUAUUCUGGCGUGACCACGGUUGAGCUGGAUAAUCUGGCUGCGGAAACCGCUGCUACAAUGACAACAAAGCAUGCAGAUUACGCUAUACUAGCUGCCCGUAUUGCAGUUUCUAAUCUCCAUAAAGAAACAAAAAAACAAUUCAGUGAUGUGAUGCAUGAUUUGCAUCAUAUGAUAAAUCCACAUACCAAGUUACACACACCAAUGGUUAGCGAGCAUUAUUAUAAGAUAAUAAAAAAACAUGCGGACCGAUUGAACUCUGCGAUUAUUUAUGACAGAGAUUUUAGUUAUAAUUACUUUGGCUUCAAAACACUUGAGAGAAGUUAUUUGCUGAAAAUUAAUGGCAAAGUCGCAGAGAGACCACAACAUUUGUUGAUGCGUGUUGCUGUGGGUAUUCAUGGAGAAGAUAUUGAUAGAGCAAUUGAAACUUACAAUCUAUUGUCAGAGAGAUAUUUUACCCAUGCCUCUCCCACGCUUUAUUCAGCAGCUACUCCCAGGCCACAAAUGUCAAGCUGUUUCCUUCUAACAAUGAAGGAGGAUAGUAUUGAAGGAAUUUAUGAUACUUUGAAACAAUGCGCACUGAUAAGUAAAUCUGCGGGAGGUGUUGGUUUAAAUAUACAUUGUAUCAGAGCCAAAGGUACUUACAUAGCAGGAACUAACGGAGAAUCUAGCGGACUUGUUCCCAUGUUGCGCGUUUAUAAUAAUACAGCAAGAUACGUCGACCAGGGGGGAAAUAAAAGGCCAGGUGCCUUUGCUAUUUAUUUAGAACCAUGGCAUUCGGACGUUUUUGAGUUUUUGGAUUUGAAAAAAAAUACUGGUAAAGAGGAGGUGCGAGCUAGAGAAAUGUUUUAUGCUCUUUGGAUUCCUGAUUUGUUUAUGAAACGUGUUUUGGAAAAACAAGUGUGGAGCCUUAUGUGUCCUCACGAAUGUCCUGGAUUGUCAGAUGUUUGGGGUGAUGAUUUUGAAGCUUUGUACACACAAUACGAAAAAGAGGGCCGAUACAAGCGGCAAGUAGCAGCCCGGGACCUGUGGUUAGCUAUCAUGAACUCUCAGGUCGAAACCGGCACACCAUACAUGUUGUACAAAGAUCACUGCAAUCGAAAAUCAAAUCAACAAAACGUGGGCACAAUCAAAUGCAGUAACCUUUGCACUGAAAUUAUAGAGUAUUCAAGCCCUGACGAAGUUGCUGUUUGUAAUCUGGCAUCAAUUGCUGUUAACAUGUUUGUCACCCCAGAAAAGACAUACGACUUUAAAAAACUUAAGGAAGUUACCAAAAUUGCAGCCUACAACCUAAACAAAAUCAUUGAUAUCAAUUACUAUCCGAUUCCUGAAGCUGAAAAAUCUAAUAUGAGACAUAGACCAAUUGGCAUUGGUAUUCAGGGACUAGCAGAUGCUUUUCUAUUAAUGCGAUAUCCGUUCGAAAGUGAUGAAGCCCAGAAACUUAAUAUUGGAAUCUUUGAAACACUGUACUAUGGAGCAUUAGAAGCCAGCUGCGAAAUUGCAGAAAAAGAAGGACCUUAUCCAACUUAUGAAGGUUCUCCAGUCAGCAAAGGGAUUUUGCAGUAUGACAUGUGGAAUGUCACACCAACAGAUCUUUGGGACUGGGCAACUCUGAAAGCUAAGAUUGCUAAGCACGGCGUACGGAAUUCGCUACUCAUAGCCCCAAUGCCGACUGCAUCCACUGCACAAAUUCUUGGGAACAAUGAAUCAAUCGAAGCUUACACCAGCAAUGUUUAUACACGCCGAGUCUUAUCUGGGGAAUUUCAAAUAGUCAAUCCCCAUUUACUAACAGAUCUUACUGCCAAGGAUCUAUGGGAUGAAAAUAUGAAAAACGAGAUUAUCGCCAAUAAUGGUUCUGUUCAAAAUAUCGAUCGCAUUCCUGCAGACUUGAAAGCGUUGUAUAAAACAGUAUGGGAAAUAUCCCAGAAGACUGUUUUAAAGAUGGCUGUCGAUCGUGCAGCAUUUAUUGAUCAAUCACAAUCCUUGAAUAUUCAUAUGGCAACACCAACGACCGAUAAGCUUACAUCCAUGCACUUUUAUGCCUGGAAAAAUGGCUUGAAGACUGGAAUGUACUACCUACGUACAAAGCCUGCUGCAAAUGCUUUACAAUUUACUGUAGAUAAGUCAAAACUGAAGGAUGCACUUUCUACUUCAAAUGGUAAUUACACUCCAACAAAAACACAAAAUUUGUUGGAGUGCAAUUCACCAGAUCAUAGUGAAUGGUUGGAGAAACAGCGGCUAAAGCAACUCGAAGAAGAACGCGAAAGAGAACUGGAUGCAGCGUUAGUUUGUUCGCGAGAGAAUGGUGAUCAGUGUAUGGCGUGUGGUUCCUAGAACAAUAUUCACAAUUCGAUGAACACUUACUUAGCUAAUCUCCAUUUGUACAUAAGCAAAAUGUUUUGUAUUCAAUUCAUUAUAAUGUAACUGAUCUAGCCGUGAUUUUACUGUAUUUUUUUAGUACGGAUUCGUAUCUUACUACAUAGAAAGAAGAAAGAAA